GCUAUAAAGCUGCCGCGCCCGCUUCCGCCUCUUGACGUUUCACUCGGUCUGCUGAGACCAAGGCGUUGGCUUUGGGCUCAGCUGCUGGCGCCAGUUUCUGUCUCCUGCUAGCUCCUGCGCGAUCCCGGCCAUGAUUGUGGAUAACAGCCGGGACGUUGGGUUAGAUGGCGAUUCCGGCUCUCUGAGCAGCCCCUUCAAUUUGGCCUUUUUCUAUGGCGCCUCCCCUCGCUCCAGCGAGGGCAGUUGCUCGCCCACUCCUUCCGCUCCGGGAUCCCCUGGAUCUGACUCGGAGAACUCGGCCAAUGGUGGUACCGACGGCAACUACGUGAGGAAGAGGCGCUAUUCCCGGAACACCGGUCGCCCGACUGGAGAAGGUGAGCAACAUAUGGGGGGAGGAAAGCAACAAAGAGGACCUUUCCAAGGUGUUCGUGUAAAAAACUCUGUGAAAGAAUUGUUGUUGCAUCUUAGAAAUAGCAAGCAGAUGUCCACAGAUUAUGGAACUGAGGAAUUAAAGGCACAAGGAACAUCGAUGAAAUAUGAUCCAUACACAGUAGAACUAAAAAAUAUAUUGACUCAUAAUCGGAAAAGAAAAGCUUCAGACUGUCUUUCUGAUGGAGGGUAUUACAAACGAACAGCUAUUUUGCAACCUCAGUUCUUGACACCUCCGCAGACACCAACUUCCAUGGAUAAUAAUAUGGAGGAUCCCCAUAAUAAUGAGCCUAAGCAAGAUAGCAGCUGUGAUAUGCUGAAGAAUAUUAUCAAUAUUAAGAAUGAAUCCAGCCCAGUGUCUUUGAACACUGUACAAGUUAGCUGGCUUCACAGUAUGGUCAAUCCCAACUCUCCAGGGGAACACCAAUAUCAAGAGAUGGCUGGAGCUUUUUCACCUGUUCAAAAAUACCAAGCUUUCCAAACAAGCAGCUCUUCUCCAAUGCUGGAAAUGUCCCAGAAUUAUCAGUUUUCUCCUACACAACAACAGGAUAUGUCCCAGCAUUGUAUACCAUUGCUGGAAUACAGGCCUCACUCUGCAGGCAGCCAUUCCUCUGAAUAUCAACAAAACAUUUUUGAUAGUCAAGAACUUCCCUAUUGUACCACAGAAAGUUUUGCUUCGCUUUUAAAUGACUCAGAAGGAUCAGACAACAUCUCUGCUCCACUCCCUCAAGCAAUUCCUAGUGGCCUCCAGCAAACUGAAGUCAGCAGCUGCUCUCAGCAUUUCAACCAAGUCUCAGAUAACACUUCCAGGGGCCUUGAGGAACAUAGUUUAUCUCUGUCUUCUUCAGAUAUAUCACUGCAACUUCAGAGCAGUACAGGCAGCACAAGUCAGUUGGGCAAAUCAUUUUUCCAGUGGCAAGUGGAACAGGAAGAAAACAAAAUGGCCAACAUUUCUCAAGACCAGAUUCUUGCUAAAGAUUCUGAUGGUGACACAUUUCUCCACAUUGCAGUUGCCCAGGGACGACGGGCAGUUUCCUAUGUGCUGGCAAGGAAGAUGGCAGCCCUGCAUAUGUUGGAUAUUAAAGAACACAAUGGCCAGAGUGCCUUGCAAGUAGCUGUGGCUGCAAAUCAACACCUUAUUGUCCAGGAUCUUGUUAGUCUUGGAGCACAAGUGAAUACUACAGAUUGCUGGGGUAGAACUCCACUGCAUGUGUGUGCUGAGAAGGGUCAUGCACAAGUCCUUCAGGCAAUCCAAAAAGGAGCCAUUGUAAGCAAUCAAUAUGUUGAUUUGGAAGGAACUAAUUAUGAGGGUUUGACAGCAUUGCACUGUGCAGUCGUGGUUCAUAAUGCCGUGGUACAUGAACUACAGGGGCAGCAGUCACCUCAUACUCCUGAAGUCCAGGAAUUAAGGUUGAAAAGCAAGAAGUUGGCAGAUACAAUCAAAUAUCUAAUUCAGAUGGGGGCCUCUGUUGAAGCCAGAGACCGUAAAAGUGGCCGUUCAGCCCUUCACUUAGCAGCGGAAGAAGCAAAUGUGGAACUCCUUCGACUUUUUUUAGAGCUUCCAAAUUGUCUCUCAUUCAUCAAUGCCAAGGCUUACAAUGGGAAUACUGCACUCCAUGUAGCCGCUAGUUUGCAGCAUCGAAUGACUCAGCUGGAUGCAGUUCGUUUGUUGAUGCGCAAAGGAGCUGAUCCAAGUGCCAGGAAUUUGGAAAACGAGCAGCCAGUUCACUUGGUUCCCGAUAGCCCUGUUGGAGUUGAGAUAAGACGAAUCUUAAAAGGAAAGACGAGUCAGCAGAGAUCAUCAGUCUAUUAAGCUCCAUGAGUAAAAAUGACCCAUACUCGCUGUCAGUUAGGCAGCCCCCAUGUAACUGUAAAUAUACCAUUUGUCCAAUGGAGGCAAAUGUUUGUUGUUUCUGUGAAACAAGAAUAUUUUGUUCACUAUUGUAUAGUGGGUUAAUAACAAUUCUUCACAGUUGAAAAUAUUUCAUAUGAAGCAUUCUGUAAUCAUUUGAAUUACUCCAUUAAGCAAUUCAACAUAUCAAGAACAAAACUGACAGUUAUAGUCUUUCAUAUUUCUACCCAAAAGUAAUUUCUAUUCAGUGUACUAUAUUGUUUAUGGUAUUAUCCUGACUUUGCAUCGGGGUAUAGCAAAUAUUAAGAAUAAUAUAUAAUGAGCAGACAUUUUUUCUGUGGCUUAUGUUAUAGAAGAUGAGUAUUCUUAAGAAUACUAAAAAAUUAUUAAUAAGUCAUUUAUAUUUUAACUUUUUCUUUUUAUGUAUUUCUUUAUAGUUAUUUUGAGUAGGUAUAGUUAAUUAAAUGUAAUGAAAGUUCUAAUAAUUUAAACCUUUUAUAGUGGGAAAUUCUGUGUAGAAUUCAGUAAAGUUUUAAGUUUUUUAAACAUAAUUGUUAAAUUGUUUUCAAAACAAUUUAUAAAGUAACAUUGUCUAUAUGGUGUUUUAAUUAGUCACAGCAAUAAUUUAUGAAGAUUUAGAAAAAUAAAGCUGGCCUUUUGUUAAUUAUUUUUCAAAUUAAUACUUUCUGAUGAUAAUUGAGUUUUUCAAUUACAUAAAAUUAUUCAUGUUUGUAACAAAAAAAUCAAGAGUUCAAUUAGAAUAAAUAAGCAGUUAUAUGACAGAUUCAAUUAGAGACUAAAAAUGAUCAAAAAAAUGAUCACCAUUUGAUCAAAAUGAUGUUGAUUACAUGUCAUAUAUAAACUUCAUUUGUAAAAAAAGUUCUAAGAAUCAAAUAAAUUAGGACUACCUGUUAUAUUCUAAUAGCAAUACUUUUAAAGACAGUACUUUAUUUUCAUUAUGUAGCAACAUGCAACAAUUCAUUAUUUGCACUGUAGAUACUGAUGACCACUGGCUUUUAUGACUUUGUAGAUGAUAGAAUUGUCAGUAGCUAUUUAGCAUGAUACCUCUAUCAUGCUCAAGAGGAAUUGAAGAGGAAUAUGAAUUUUAAGAGGCAGUAUAAUUUGAAACACUGGUUGUUUUAAAAGUUGUUGUAUACAUAUUUGCAUAUGAUAGGAUGCAAAAACUGAUUUUUGUGACUCAAUCGUCCCAAAGAUUUCAGUUCUUUUGUUUCUAAAAGCAAACUAUUUCACCAUUUAAAAACCUGAAACAGUAUAAAAUCUAUCCACUCUGACUCUGGAGAG